AGGUGGACUCUCACCAGCUGUUACCCAGUGCAAGGCUCAUACUCCUGCAGCAGGGGUCUCAUGAUAAACACAGAAAGCGACAGCAGAGCAAGGAGGAAUGAAUCAGUCGGUCAAUUUGGGUGUUCAGGACGAUCCAUUGGUUCCAGUUGAUGCUGAAGACCAUGAGGGAUCAUCAAGACCUGAGAACCUACAGCGCCGUCAUGCUUCACUCUGUGUCAGCUGGAGGUGUGUAUUGUGCUAAAACAGCCAGAGCCCAUGCAGCUGCCCUGGGUUUGGAUUUUCCUGGAGUCCAUGGAGCCCCUGAUCUCCAUGGACCAGCCCCCCACAGGAUGGCGUUUGGUCCUCAGCCUUACGAUGACAGUGAUCCUGAAUUGGAUGAGACUGGACCUAACGUGGCCUCCUACAGUCAAAGUCAACCAGAAGUGCGAUCCCUACAUGACAGGAUACAGAAACAGGCUCACCCCAGGAGUUGGCAUGGCACUUACAGUCCAGUUCAAAGUGACUACACCACCGACCAAGUGCUUAGCCCUCCCAGAGGACGCUCAGUUAUUAACCGCAAGUCCAAUUUUGAGGAGGUCAAGCAUGUUGCCCCCCCAACUCUGACUGCAGCCCGGGGCCAGCCUGACCUUGUGAAUUGGGAUCCUCAAGGUCGCAACAAGCCACUCUCAUUUGUCUACAACGAGCACGACCUUGCUGUUGACGAGUCUGUCCCAAAUAGACGUGGCAUGUCUCUGAGUGGGCUCUCCCUGCCCAGAAGCAGGGGUCACGGUGCUCACCAGAGGGGUCUAACUGGAAACGGCCCAGGAAGAGGAGUCCCUGUCCUCGGUUCAUCCGGCAUCACCGACAAAGACCGCGUCAGAGCGAUGACUGGAAGUGCUGCUGUCGGUAGACUGAACAGGAUUAGGUUCUCUGGCCAUCUUGCUCAGCCGCUGCGCAGACGCCUCAAUGUCAAACAGUUUUUUCAAGGUAACCCCGCCCUGAGACAUCUGACGAGAAGCGAAAUCAGGUCCAGUUAGAAUAAGUCACUGAGCUAAAGGGUCUGACACAUAGUCUGGCUGUCUUGUCAAAUCCUGUGAGGAGUUCUUAAAGUUAACAGGCGAGCAUUUUGUGAAGGGAAAAACAAUGAUUUCAGAAUCCAUUUGUCUGGUUUUCUCUAACCUUUACUGCAAGAAACAAUGUCCAACUUAUCUGUGUACAGGCUCCUGCAUUGUUGCUUCCUCACCUGUAGCUCUAAGACAAGUCACAGCUUACAUUCUCUCCUGAAUAUAAAACUACUAAUGGUUAUAUUUCUGAGUGUCUCUCUGCCUUUUGUCCUCCUCCCCUCAUCAUAAUGUCUCACUGAGGCCUGGAUGUUACCAGAGUGCCAUCUGUUGGCGCUAAAGGGAACUGCAGGUAUCCUUUUGGCUCACUUUGUCGAACACAGGUGCUGUUUAACAGAAGGUCAGCUUUUGACAAAUCCCCUAAUCUGUUUACAAUCUGUUGUUUGCAAGUACUACUAGUGGUUAUGCUAAUUUGUCCAAAUAGCUUUGGUCUUUCAAUGAUGGCAUGUUUCACCAGCGCUCUGACAUUUCUAACAGAGACAAUGAGGUGUUAAAAUGCAGCCCUAGAUCU